CGAGCUACGUUUUGCGUGGUAUGUUGUUUAUUAAUGUUAACGCCAUCUAUGUCACGCCCAUACGACCCGGAGGACGAUAACUUAAAGAACGUCCUGCCAUCUACCGGACAAUUUGAAGCGUUUUACCCUCGUGAAGCGCACGGUAUUCCUAACGGUUCCUCAAGACCUGCGCAUGGCCACGGUAGUUUCUACAAGCAUCGCAACCCGGCGCUAGUUGACGUGAAAAAUGCAGCUGCAUAUGGAUUUCGUUUCGAUGGCAUGAGAAGAUUUAAUUUCGACGAUGAAUAACUUUGUAUUUUAAUGACUACGAUUUCUUAAUAUAGUUCUUUUGUAAUAUAUACACUGAUAAAUAAAUGUAUGUGUAAUUAUUAAUUU